AUGGCCUCUGGCAACUCGGUCGAUCGCGUAUGGGCGCUUCACGACUUUGAGGCGGAGAACCCAGACGAAGUCUCGUUCAAGGCCGGCGAGUGCAUCCUCGUCGUCGAAAAGGAUGACGAUUACGGCGACGGGUGGUGGCAAGGCACCAACGAGAGCGGUCACACCGGCCUCUUUCCUUUCACCUACACCACGCUUGAUCGCAACCUCGCUCUCAGCGCAACGUCGGGCAAUGCCACUCCAGACGCACUCGGCACUCCCGUCACUGCCAACAGCAAGCCCGGUGUGAUGCACACCACCAUGGCCGACAUCGACAACGCCCUCACCGAGCUUCAGAGCGACCACAAAACUCCUGGUGUUACUAGCAGUGGUACACGUGCUGUUGCUCUUGGCUCCAAUCCGGCGGCCGACACGUCCCGUGCCUCUUUCACCAGCGAACGAACCGAUGCCGACGACCAGUCUGACAAUUUCGGCGAGUCCGACGACUUUGCUAGCAGAUCUAUCGCCACUCGCGCCGCUCUCGCUGCCAAUGCACAGAAGAACCUCGCCAGCGAUGCCGAACGCCAGAAGCAGGAAGAGCAACGCAGGCGCGCAAAAGCUCAGCGUGAAUUCGAGGAGGAGGAGGCCCGCCAGCGCGAGCUGCUUCUCGAAAGGGAGAAGGAACGCCAGCUCAAACUCGCCGCAGGCGAAAUCGACCCAAGCGAGGAAAAGUCGAAAGCCGCUCCAAUCGCUGGCGUAGAUAUGAGCGAUGAGAGCGACAGUGAAGGCUCCGUCGUCGGUGCACUCGACGAUUUCCAAGACAAGACUCACAGCCCGCUCUUUGGCAAUCUCACAUCCACUUCUACCGAAGGUCUCGCCGCACGAGAGAUCAAGUCACCCACUUCUAACCUGCACGAGAUCAUUGAGAAUCAGGCUUCUCCAUCACAGCCUGCAUUGCAAGUCAAGGAAACGCCGGCACAAUCUUUCGCACCAGCAUCAGCGCCGCUCGUUUCGGAAGACUUUGCGCCUUCUGUCGCUCCAGACGCGAACACUGCCCCCUCCGCCACUCCGCAGUUUGACCCUGCCGUCGACCCCGCUCCUGUCCUUGCGGCUAGAGUAGGUGAUGUUGCACUCGGGGGCGCCGCCGCUUCUGCUGUUGCUGGCGUGGCAAAUCACGAUCGAUCCACCAACGCUUCUUCUGUCAUCGAGCAUGCUCCUCCAGCUGCUGAUGAAAGCGUUCGUUCCAUUGCCGGCGACAGCAACCACACCGGUACGGGCACUGGUCUUGCGACUGGCACCGCUACUGCAGCCACCUCUAUUGCCGCGCCAGCAAACGAAGAUUCGAUUCAGAGCUCAUCCGCUGCCGUCUAUGCACCCAAGUCUGUUGUUACCGUAUCUGCCAGCUUGCCUGAUGAUCCGACCGAGUGGAACGUAGAUCACGUUGUCGAAUGGGCUCGCUCCAAGGGCUGGGACGAGGUGGCCGUAGUCAGCAAGUUCCGCGAGCACGAGAUCUCCGGCGACGUUCUUCUCGAGAUGGACAUUAACAUUCUCAAGGAAAUUGACAUUCUCGCCUUCGGCAAGCGCUUCCAAGUCGCCAACGGCAUCAAGGAGCUCCGCGCACAGAAGCCCGUCGCUGUCACCACUCCGGGCGUGGCGCAACCCGCACCGACGGACAGCCUCGGCAGCCCGGCGAUCAUCGCUUCCGGCGCAGGCAGCGCUACAGGAACACCCACCUACUCGCCUUACAAUACCGGAUCCAACAACGGCAGCAACGCCGACGGACGCAGUCUCAGCGCACGCAUGGCUGAGACCAGCUUAGACCAGAGCCUUGCACCCAGUUCAAGUCGACCCGAAAGCUACGGUGGCGACCGCGAUCGCGAUUCAUUUGGAGGUCCAGCCCAAGCGUUUGGCGGUCAAGGGUUUGGCGGUGCAGCUGGUGUUGCGGCCUGGCAGGCACAGCAAGCCGGUCAGACAAUUGGAUCGCGUCAUUUAAGCGAUGGCUUCCCGCGAGGCAGUGGCGACGCUCCGUUGUCGCCCCCCGCCGGCACGUCGCAGUUCGGCAUGUCCAGCGCGCGGUAUGCUCCCACCAACGGCAUCGCCAACGAGGACAGGCUCGGAGCCCUGCCCACUUCGCCACGCAAGCGCGAGUCGACCGGAUCAGCGGGCACGUUGGAGAAGAACAAUCGAUCCAGCUUCUUCGGUCUUGGCCAGCGCAACCGCAAGCCGCCUCCGAACCAAGCCGGUGGAGCAGGUGGACCGGGCAGCAUCAGUCACGAGGACGACAGGGGCAGCAACAAAGGUACGCUAUCACGUCUUGGAUUCGCACGCAGCUCGAGGAACAUCAGCUCGCAAUCUUCGCAGUCCAACAUCAAGGAGCACAUCUCGUUACCUACUUCGAGCCCGCAUUUUGAUCAGAACGGCGACACGGCUCGACGACAGAGGCAGUCGACUGGUGGCACUACUGCGAUGGGCUCGCCAGGUACGCCGGGAACUCUGGGGAUGGGCAUGCCUACCAACGUGCGCCCUACUAGCAUCGGCUCUGCUGGAGCUGGUUCGCAGGCGGUAGCAUCUACAGCUGGUGCUGGCACCAACGCUGCUGCUAGCGGACCUGUCAUGUCUCGCAUCCAGCCGGUCGACCUGGAAGGCUGGAUCAAGAAGAAAGGCGAACGUUACAACUCGUGGAAACCGCGCUACCUGGCACUGAAAGGACCCGAUCUCGUCAUUCUGCGCGACCCGCGCGCCGAGAAGAUCAAAGGCUACGUCAACAUGAAGGGCUACAAAGUCAUCGCGGACGAAAACACGAAUCCAGGCAAAUAUGGCUUCAAGAUUCUGCACGAAACCGAAAAACCGCACUACUUUAGCAGCGAAGAUCCGAUCCUCGUCAGGGAAUGGAUGAAGGCGCUCAUGAAGAGCACCAUCGGAAGAGAUCACAACUUCCCUGUGAUCUCGAGUUACAACAACGCCACCAUCAGUUUGAAAGAGGCUCAGAGGAUGAACCCCCCGCCGAGGCCGCCUAGCCCGACGAGCAGGGCCAGGACGCAGAGGGCGAAAGCGAGGCCUAAUCCGGAACAGUUGACUGCAAGGGACGCGGCGAUCUUGAUGAAUCUCACCAGUGGACAGCCGACCAAGCCGGAUGAUUUGUAG